AUGCAGUUGCUCUUGGUGACGUUUCUCUUCGUUUGUGCCUCUGCUGAGCUGCGUGUCUCGAAGCGGAGCACGUUCACUGGACAGGAGAGUAGCCACCCUGUGCCCCAUCCGGCAGAUGGAGCUAGUGCCAGACAUCUGCAGGACUGUGAGGUUAUUGGCUGGGUCGAACUUUGCGAACGGAAGAAGUUGACGGCCAGGGCGUGCUUUCAACUCGAGCCCACCGCGGAAGCUCCACUCUGCGAGCUGCAAGGGCCCCAUGGGGCACCGGCGCAGCUGCGGCCAGCGACUGCCGGGAUUUUGACCUUGAGAUCUGGGGAGCUACGCAUCACCGGGCAAAUUCAGAUGACGUCGCUCCGCCUGGCAGCCAAGACUGUGAACUUUGCAGAUGCUCACGUGGAAGCGUGGCAUGAAGGUCCAUCGGAUCCAAAUGCUACCGCACUUGGCGGCGCCUUCUUCAGCGAGGGCUCAUUCACUUUGACCAGGUCCCGACUGACUGUGAGAGGAUCCGCAGCGGCAGAUGGUGGUGGCUUCGCAGCGGGCGGAGACCUGAGUGUGUUCCAAGACUCUGAAGUCGUGAUCGAGAACGUUUCAGCAAAGUCUGGUGCUGGCUUCGUUGUCAUGGGAGAUGCUUACAUUUUUGACAACUCAAUGAUCUUCAUUCAGAAUGCGAGAUCCACAAAAAAUGGAGGUGGCUUCUCAACCAGAAAACGCUUGCAGGUGUCCAACAGCUCAGUUAUCAGCCUUCAGAAUGUGACCGCACAAAACCAUGGAGGAGGUUUCCAUGCCCUUGGAGAAGUUGAGAUAGCUGGGAACUCAACGGUCAGCAUUUCCGACAGUCAAGCUGAAUCAGGAGAUGGCGCAGGUUUUAGCACUGAGAAGGGCUUGAAAUUGUCCACCGGCUCAAGGCUCCUUAUUUGGAACGCGACGGCUGGAAAUUAUGGAGGAGGAUUCUAUGCCAAGGGCAAGACGCUGAUCAACAGCUCUUCAGUGAGUAUCCGACAUACCACAGCCAAGCACUAUGGUGGAGGUUUCAUGGCUCUUGACGAGGUUGCCAUUGAUGAGAUGUCAAACGUUAGAAUUUCCAAUUCAAAAUCAGCCGAACAGGGCGGAGGCUUCCAAUGCAACAGACGCUUGCAGGUGACCAACGGCUCAGUUGUCAGCCUUGAGAACGUGACUGCUGGAAGUCAUGCAGGAGGUUUCACUUCCCUUGGACAGGUUGAGAUAGCCGGGAACUCAACUGUAAACAUUUCCAGCAGUCACGCUGAAUCAGGAGACGGAGGAGCCUUUCGCACUGAAAAGGGCUUAAAGGUGUCCACCAGCUCAAGACUCAUCAUUCGGAAUGCGGCUGCUGGAAAGUCAGGAGGAGGAUUCUAUGCCAAAGGCCGGGUUGUGAUCAGCAGUUCCACAGUGAGCAUCCAAGAUGCCACAGCCUCAAGGUAUGGUGGAGGUUUUGAUGCGCGUGAGGAAGUUGUCAUUGAUGAGAUGUCAAGCGUCAGCAUUUCGAAUUCAAUAUCGGGAUGGGGCGGAGGCUGCCAUACCGACGGACGCUUGCAGGUGACCAACAGCUCAGUUCUCAGCCUUCAGAAUGUGACCGCACAAAACUAUGGAGGAGGUUUCAAUGCCCUUGGAAAAGUUGAGAUAGCCGGGAACUCCACGGUCAACAUUUCCAACAGCCACGUUGAAUCGGGAAAUGGGGGAGGUUUUGAUACUGAAAUGGGCUUGAUGGUUUCCAUGGGAUCAAGACUCAUCAUUCGCAAUGCGACUGCUGGAAAGCACGGAGGGGGAUUCUUUGUUGAUGGCAGAAUAUUGAUCAGCAGAUCGACACUCAACAUCCAACAGGCCAGCGCCCGUCGGUAUGGCGGAGGGUUUGAUGCGCUUGACGAGGUUGUCAUUGACGGGAUGUCAACUGUCCUCAUUUCCCAUUCAAGGGCAGCAGAACAGGGCGGAGGCUUCCAAACCGAGGGACGCUUGCAGGUGACGAACAGUUCAGUUCUCAGCCUUCAGACCGUGAGCGCCAGAGGCAGUGGAGGAGGUUUCCUUGCCCUUGGAGAGACUGUGAUUGCUGGGAAGUCGGUGGUUAACAUUUCCAACAGUCAUGCUGAAUUGGGAGAUGGUGGAGGUUUUGACACUGAAAAGGGCUUGAAGUUAUCCACCGGCUCAAGGCUCAUCAUUCGGAAAUCGGCUGCUGGACGGCAUGGAGGAGGGUUCUAUGCCACCGCCAAAGGCAUCGUGAUCAGCAGGUCUACAGUUAGCAUCCAAGAUGCCACAGCCUCAAGGUAUGGUGGAGGUUUUUAUGCAUUUGGUGAGGUUGUCAUUGAUGAGAUGUCAAGCGUCCGCAUGUCCAAUUCAAUCUCGGGAUGGGGUGGUGGCUGCCAUACCGACGGACGCUUGCAGGUGACCAACGGCUCACUUCUCAGCCUUCAGAAUGUGACCGCACAACACCAUGGAGGUUUCGACGCUGAAAAGGAUUUGAAGCUGUUCAAUGACUCACGACUCAUGAUUCGGAAAGCGACAGCUGGACAGUCUGGGGGAGGCUUUUAUGUUAAGGGCAGAAUAUUGAUCAGCAGUUCCACAGUUGGCAUUCAAGAUGCCACCGCCCGGCAGAGUGGCGGAGGGUUUACUGCUGAAGGAGUCGAAGUUGUGCAGAAUUCUAUUGUGGCCUCGUUCAGCACCCAUGCGGGGGCAGGCGGUGGUGCUUUUUCUGUGUUUGGUUUGACUUUGCACAGAAGUUCGAUGUCCAUCAGCAACUCCACUGCACUCGGAUCAGGCUCUUCAGCUCGUGCAGAUGGUCAAGUGCUUCUUUUGUCUCAGUCAAAUUUGAUGGUGAAAGACGCGCAAGGACAGGAAAACUCCAGUGUGCUGGCCGCCAGCUGCCUCCACCUACGUGAUCGGUCGCAAGUUCUUUUUGACGGACUUGUCGGUGGCCAUGGGGUGGAGCUGCAAAACAAUGGAAGCUCUGCCCUUUGCUCAAACAGCACCUUCCAUGUUGCAGAGGAUGCAGCCCUCAACGCCAGUGGUCGCUUGAGCUCAGGUUUUCUCUCCCUUGCAGCCUGCCCGAAGGAGAAGGUACGUCUCUCAGGGAUCCAUUUGCGCUCCUGGUCCAGCGCGUUGCUCAGCACCCGCCCAAGCUCCGUGGUGGUUGACCAAGUGAGUGUCGAGUACAAACCACCGGUCAACAAUUUGCAGGUCCUGGCAGCCAAGGACGGCUUUGAGAUCGACUCUUUGACGGUUUCCUGCCAGAACUGCACCUGGGGCGUGACUUUCAACGCUUCGAAGGACAGAAGUCUGAAAGCCGUGAGCUCUGAACACCUGCAGUGCCCCAAGACAGUCACAGCGUCGAAAGGCUUGGCGCAACGUUGCAAGUGUUCCAACUACCAGACAGUAACCGAGCACUUCCGCAAUGUAGAUCUGGUGCCCUUGGAAAGCAGUUUCCAGACGUGCAUGUUCUGCAAGCCUCACUUCCACUUUCAGAAUGGCGAUUGCCCGAAAUGCGGAAUCUUCAGUGCUUGGUCUGAUGGCAAGAAGGAUGUUUGUCACGUUCUGCCACGCCAGAACUCGGCAGAGUUGUUCGCACUUUUGACAGGUGCAGCUGUCGUGGUCAUUUUAACUUUCCUUGCCUUUGAGAUUUUGCAUGCUCCUUUGAUGAUUGUUGAUGCGAAGUCAGAUUUGGACCCAACACAAACUGAAAGAAAGAGGAUUUUCACAAUUUCCGUGCAAGGGUCAAUUGUUGAUCUUCCCAAAAGCCUGUCUCGAUUGGUGACCCAGCGGAUGCACUUUCGGGUAAGAGGAACUGGGUUAAUAUGGCUAGACUACGACCAGAAGAAGUCCAACACAAUCAAAGUUCGAAGUAUUGCACGCAGAAAGCUUUUGCUGCAAGACACGAGUCCCCCAUUUGAUUGCGCUUCGUGCAAGGGUUCUUUGCACGCCUCUGAUUUUGCUUACCUGCUUACCUUGCUCACUGCAUGCAUAUUUGUUGGUGCAAUGCUGCCUGUCAUCAUCAAGGUAGCAGUCAUAUCAGAAAACGGUGUGGGACAUGUAUUCGUUACUGCAUUUUAUGUGACCCUUCCUCUGGUUGCUGUUGCUGCACUGCUGCAUUUUCCCGUGGCAUGGCUCAUCCAACGGCUAUAUCGUAGAACGUUGUUUUCGGAGGCUUUGGAUGAUUACCGAAAGCAGAUCAACUGCAAGCCAUUCACAGGGCCUGAUGCAACCCAUCCUCGCAACCAGGGCUUGCAGGUUCUGAAUUUGCGCGGCUUGUGGAAGCACUUCGAGAGCUUUAUUCUCGAGCGCAAUAUGCAUUUUGUGGUUGCCAACAUAGUGAGGCCCCUAACGGCCCUAACGCAAAGCAAAGGAGUUUCCUUUGUAAGUCUUUGGGGUGGCAGGCGGGUGGACUACUUUGUGUCCCAUUCCUGGGGCGCCAGCUUUCCGCACUUCGUGCAUUCCAUCCAGUGCCAUGCUUUGUCCAAAGAGGGCCCCACUUCUUGGAUGGAUGCAGCAUAUUGGAUCUGUUCGUUUGCGAACAACCAGUGGACAUUUAAAAUCGAACUGGGAAGCGAUCCCAUGGAGAGUGCCUUUGCACUCGCCUUGACAGCGGGAAUCAAAGGAGUCGCGAUGGUCUUGGAUCAGGAAGUGCAGCCUCUCACAAGAGUUUGGUGUCUCUUCGAAUUUUUCCUGUCAAGCCGUGAGCACUUGGAGUUGGUUUUCGUCACCAAUGCCGGUGUGGUGGGUGAUGAUGGCUGCAGCUCCUUUGACAUUGCGUUGGAGGUGGGCAAGAAGAUAGAGUCUUUGCAAGUUGAAACGUGCGAGGCAUCUUCAGAGGACGAUAAGAAAGACAUCCUCCAGUACAUCAUCUCCGAGUUGGGAAGCCUUGAGCGAAUGGAUGCGCAAAUUCGAGCGCUCAUGGCUGAGAUGUUGAUGCGAAAUUUGACCAAUGUGGAAAGAGCAACGGGAAGUCUUGUGGACCGUUUGGGCCAGGGCAGCGCAACAGUCGUCGCCUUGAAUGAAGAACGUUUUGAAUCCCAUGUUGCUUCCGGAACGCCGUGGCUCGUCAGAGCUGACCCACAGCUGGCAGCGAAUGAGUUUGCAUCUCAUGGCAUGUUGAAAAAUCGCCCAGUGACGAUGAUCCAGCUGGAUUGCGCGCCUCGCCAUCAGGUGCCUAAGCCGCGGCCGCAGCGUUGCACCAAAGAGUGGCCAAAGACGCCGCCGCAGGUUUCUUUGGAUUUGAAGAACCACGGUGAGAUUGUUGAAUGGGCCGCCUAUCUUUGUGGGAUCAAGACUGCAGGCAAGAAGGACUGUGAAGUGAUUGGCUGGGCGGAACUUUGUGAACGAAAGAAGUUGACGGCCGGGUGCUUUCAACUCCAGCCCACCGCCGAAGCGCCACUCUGCGAGCUGCAAGGGCCGCACGGGGCGCCGGCGCAGCUGCGCCCAGCGACUGCCGGGAUUCUGACCUUGACAUCCGGGGAGCUACGCAUCACCGGGACUGUGAACUUUGCAGAUGCUCACGUCGAAGCGUGGCAUGAAGCUCCAUCGGAUCCAAACUCCACAUCUGGUGGCGCCUUUUUCAGCGAGGGGUCAUUCACUUUGACAAGGUCCCGCCUGACAGUGAGAGAUGUUCCGGCUACUACUAUGGAUGGUGGUGGCUUCGCAGCGGACGGAGACCUGACCCUGGGUGGCAUUGCAGGGGCACAGGUGUAG